GGCCGCAGCAUGGGGCGCUUCCGUGGGGGCCUGCGGUGCAUUAAGUACCUGCUGCUCGGCUUCAACCUGCUUUUCUGGCUGGCAGGGUCAGCUGUCAUUGGUUUUGGACUAUGGUUUCGGUUUGGAGGCACCAUGAAGAACUUCUCAUCAGAGGACAAGUCCCCGGAGUAUUUCUACCUGGGGCUGUACGUGCUGGUUGGAGCAGGGGCCCUGAUGAUGGCCGUGGGCUUCUUCGGGUGCUGCGGAGCCAUGCGAGAGUCGCAGUGUGUGCUCGGAUCUUUCUUUACCUGCCUCCUGGUGAUCUUUGCUGCCGAAGUAACCACUGGAGUGUUUGCUUUUAUAGGCAAGGGUGUAGCUAUACGGCAUGUCCAGACCAUGUAUGAGGAGGCUUAUAAUGAUUAUCUGAAAGACAGGGAAAAAGGAAAUGGGACGCUCAUUACCUUCCACUCAACAUUUCAGUGCUGUGGAAAAGAAAGCUCUGAACAGGUCCAACCCACCUGUCCAAAGGAACUUCUAGGGCACAAGAAUUGCAUUGAUGAAAUUGAGGCCGUAAUCAGCGUUAAGCUCCAGCUCAUCGGAAUCGUCGGCAUUGGAAUCGCAGGUCUCACGAUACUUGGCAUGAUAUUCAGCAUGGUCCUUUGCUGUGCAAUCCGAAACUCACGAGAUGUGAUAUGAAGCUACUUCUGCAUAAAAACCGUAGUUGAGAGCUUUCGUACCGCCGUCCCGGGACCUGUCUCCUGGCUCGUUUUUAAUACUCAAAGGACAUUAGGAUCUAAAAUAAUUUGCUGUCAAUUGUACAUUUGCACAUGUAUGUACGUUUGAUUCCUUCCUCUUGUACCCCUUGAGUGAAUGCCGAGUGUGUUGACUGAGAGUAUGUAUACUGACGUGUGGUCUGCGUGUUUCUGGUAUGUGCAUUAUACAGAAUGAAAUCGGUUGCCGAAAAUUCCCGGUUCUUGUUGUUACAGGAACAACCUAUUUAACUCUCAAAAAGAGAUCAUAAGACUUUGAUAAACUUUAAAAACUUGGCUAUUCAGAAGAAGUGAAAAUGGGUCAUUCUCUAGCCAUAGAAAGGUAGAUUCAGAGGAUUCAGGGGUUUCUAAGUAACAGAAGCAGUAAGCUACAGGCACUGAGAGACUGUGGUGUCGUGCUAAAAUUGACUACAUCUGAGUUGGGUGUCAGGGUUUCCUGGGAUUUUUUUUAUAUAUACAUACUGUCCCCCGAACACAGUAAACCACAGUUUUAGAACGAACACACAUCUGUAAAACUAAAUAUAGCGUGAAAAAUCUUAUUUGAAAAACUCAUACUUUCCUAGUAUUUAAAAAAAAAAACCCCUCUGGAAAGAGUGGUCACACAGACAAUCAUGCGCCCUAUAAAAGUGACUGUUUUUAGGACUUAAAAAACAACCUUUUAACAACUUUCUGAGGACAUUUUUUUCUUAUAUAAAUACAUUUAAACAUUGCUUUAUUACCUACUUUCCUUUUAUGACUCUGCUCUGAACCCUCACAACCCUCCCACAAACAAAAGUGCUUUUAUCUCCGAAUUUUCCGUGUUUCUCCAAACAUAAAGAUAGAAAGACUAAAGCAAGCGAUCUAGCAGUUGCAAUUAGUGGGAAAGAGAAUUCUCACGAGCACUGUAUCCUUGAAAUACCUCAUAACUUGAGUUUACAUAUUUUUCUAAUUUUUUCUAUUUUUUCUUAUUCACCUAGAGAACUCUUCAUAGACUGUGAACUAUAGUUUUCACCACUUAAGAAAACAAAAUCCUUCCUAAUUCAAAUAUUCUAAGCAUCCUUGGCCAAACCAAAAUAAAGAAUGAAAAGCGUCUACUAGUUGUAUGCACAGACCAGAGACAAGUGAAGGAAAUUAAAAAACUUAAACACACGGAACAGAAAUGUUUUUUCUGUGUAAGUCUCCUAUAAAAAUAAAAUGUUCGUAUUCUUUAUGGUCUUGAUGCCUGAAUUUUGGGUUGUAAACCCAAAGAUAGGAUCUAUACUGACAUAUUUGUCAAUUUUUAACAACUUGGUAUAUUUAGUAGCUCAUGGAGGGUUUGUAUUAUUACAUUUUAGAAGGCCACACGAAGUGAAGUACUGGAGACUUCGGACGCCCCUAUGUAAGUUCACAGACCUGUGACAACACAAGUCUUUGGGGGUGCAUUAAAGCAAAGAGCUCAUUCCCAAGAAACUUUCACAAAACGUUUUGCUUGAAAGACCUAAUCGCUACAAAUAGUCUCGCGCGCACAGAGAACGACCCUUCCGCCACACUUGCCACUGCCACUAACUUUGGAGGAAGCUUUUCUAGAAAAAAAGAUUGGAAGCCAGCUAAAAAUUUAAUCGUACAUGGCUACUUUGCUGUGUCUAUCGCUGAUGAAAAGAUUAUUUUAGGAAAGUCAUUUUGUGAAAUAGAUGUUUAUACCCCAGUAGGUGGCAAAUACAACCUUUGAAGCACAGAA